AUGUCAUCUCAAAGCAGCCUCCCAACGGCCGCCGAGGAGGGUUUCAAAGACGCCUCCGCCUACGACACGCACCGGCCCUCGUACCCGCCCGAGGCCGUCGACGCCUUCCUGGCCAACCUGAAGCUGGCCGCGCAGUCCGACUUCGUCAACGUCGUCGAGAUCGCCGCGGGCACCGGCAAGUUCACCGAGCUGCUGGCCGCGCGCCCCGAGCGCUUCGCCGUCAAGGCCAUCGAGCCCCACGCCGGCAUGCGGGAGAAGCUCUCUGACAAAGACCUGCAGGGCGUCGAGGUCAUCGACGGCAAGGCGGACAAGAUGCCCGUUGGUGACGAGUGGGGCGAUGCUUGUAUUGCGGCUCAGGCGUUUCACUGGUUCGCUACACCCGAAUCUCUGAAGGAGAUCCAUCGGGUCCUGAGGCCCGGUGCUAUAUUCGGUGGUAUCUGGAAUAUCGAAGACUACAACAAGCCGCCGGCGUGGGAGGCAACGACAAAGUGGGAGAAGAAGCUGAAUGAUUUCAUACUGUCACUCGACGAUGGGCUACCUCGAUUCAGACACAUGAAAUGGAAAGAGGUGUUCGAGCAGCAACCGAAUCCGUUCCAGGUCAUCAAGGACGCCUUCACAGACCACCUCCCCAGGUUCAGCCUUCCACUCGGAGAGGACUCGGUCAAGUGGACCGUCUGGCUCACCGAGGACGCUCUCUGGGCGCGCUUCAACACCCUGAGCCAGAUCGCUGUGCUGAAGGGAGACGAACGCGGAGCUGCCGAGAAGCUCUUCAGGGACGCGAUGCAUGGCGAUGAUGUUGAGAGGAACGACAAGGGCGAGAUCGCGUUACAUGGGGUCACCUACUUCGUAUGGACGGAUAGGAUAUAA